AUGCUCACUUUCCUCCUUCUGCUUGCUGCAACAGCACAUGUGAGCGCCGACUAUAACGAACUCCAUCGGUCCAGAUACCAUGAUCAUGGACGUUACUCCUCCAAUUUUUCUGGUUCGUAUGGGCCAGAGAAGCAAUAUGAACAGUAUGGACCUCAUUCUUCCAGAUCUGUUAGACCACAUGAGCUAGAGAAAGAUCACAAAUAUCGUGAACCUCAUCCUUCAGAAUUUCCUGACGCACAUAAGCUGGGAGACCGUUACAGACACGAUGAACCUUCUUCUAAAAUUCCUGGUCCACAUGAGCCAGAGGAACACCACAGACAUCGUGGACCUUAUCCUUCAGAAUCUCCUGAUGCACUUGAGGUAGAGGAGCAACGCAGACACCGUGGACCUUACAUUUCAGAAUUUCCUGACGCACAUGAGCUAGGAGACAAUCCCAGACAUGAUAAACCUUCUUCCGAAAUUCCUAAUCCACAUGAGCCAGAGGAACAUCACAGACAUCGUGAACCUUAUUCUUCAUCACCUGAUACGCAUGAGUUAGGGGAGCCUAACGGUCAUCAUGGACCUCAAUCUUCAGGUUCUGGGUUUGAGCUAGUGCUAGGAACAAGGAAAAUACUAGUGCCAGCGGGGCGAUCACUAGUGAUAUCAGAAUGGGCAGAACAUUCGCAUCCGCCAGAUUCCUCAUACCCAACCACACCACUAGAAAACGAGGAAUUUUUGACAAGGAUCGCUGGUGAAGAGAAUACAAUAGACGAAACAAGUGCACAAGAGGAAGGAAUGACUGCUAUGAUUGGGAAGCGACAGACUCCUGGAACAGAGGAAGAGGAAUUCAGGCCGACCGAAGGCAUCGCUACUGUCCCAGAGUAG